AUGACUAAAAGUGAGUUGGCUAGAGAGAGAAAAAGAAAGGCAGUCCCCAACCCAGUUAAGGAGGCUCCAUAUCCUUUGGUGCCAUCUAAGAAGGACAAUGAGCGAUAUUUUGCUCUCUUCCUUGAUAUUUUUAAGAAGCUAGAGAUUGCAAUUCCUUUUGGAGAGGCCUUGCAGCAAAAGUCAAUUUAUAUCAAGUUCUUGAAGGAUCUCCUCACCAAAAAGAGCAAAUAUAUCAACAAUGAGAGUAUAAUGGUGGAAGGAAAUUGCAGUGCUGUUAUUCAAAGAAUUCUACCACCAAAAUUCAAGGAUCCAAGAAGUGUAACCAUUCCAUGUUCAAUAGGGACAGUGACAGUGGGAAAAACACUAAUUGACUUGGGAGCUAGCAUCAAUUUGAUGCCACUUUCGAUGUGCAUAAGAAUAGGGAAUUUAGAAAUUGCACCAACAAGAAUGACACUUCAGCUUGCAGACCACUUGACCUUAUGGCGUGGUUGA